AUGACUAUUGUUGGCACUGGAACCUUCGGUACAGACUACCAAAAUGAACUGGUGAACUUGUGUUGCUCUGGGAUUUUCCAGCUUGGUCUGUCUUCAAUUUUAUAUUGUAAAAUAUUGAUUUUGUUUCAGCGUCUGGCCAGUGCCAAGGCCCACACAUCUCGGUUUGUGAGUGCCAACCUACCAUGCAACAAGUUCAAGAACCGGCUGGUGAACAUCAUGCCCUACGAGACCACACGUGUGUGUCUGCAGCCAAUCAGAGGAGUGGAGGGAUCUGACUACAUCAACGCCAGCUUCAUCGACGGAUACAGGCAGCAGAAGGCCUACAUAGCAACCCAAGGCCCGCUGGCUGAGACCACAGAGGACUACUGGAGGAUGCUGUGGGAACACAACUCCACCAUCGUUGUCAUGCUAACCAAACUGAGAGAAAUGGGACGGGAGAAAUGUCACCAGUACUGGCCCGCAGAGCGCUCCGCCAGGUACCAGUACUUUGUGGUGGAUCCCAUGGCUGAGUACAACAUGCCCCAGUACAUCCUCCGAGAGUUCAAAGUCACUGAUGCCAGGGACGGCCAAUCGCGGACAGUUCGUCAGUUCCAGUUUACUGAUUGGCCAGAGCAAGGAGUGCCAAAGUCAGGGGAGGGAUUCAUUGAUUUCAUUGGCCAGGUGCACAAAACUAAAGAACAGUUUGGUCAGGAUGGGCCAAUUACUGUGCACUGCAGUGCUGGAGUAGGGAGGACCGGUGUUUUCAUCACCCUCAGCAUCGUGCUGGAGAGGAUGAGGUACGAGGGGGUGGUGGACAUUUUCCAGACCGUCAAGAUGCUGCGCACCCAGAGACCUGCCACCGUUCAGACAGAGGACCAGUACCAGUUCUGCUACCGGGCCAGUCUGGAGUACCUGGGAAGCUUUGAUCACUAUGCAACAUAAACCCGAGUGGUCAUCUCUCACAUGCCACAUCCCACCCAGUGCACUUUUCUUAGGUCACAUGCGGCCUGAUUUAAUGCACUAGGCUGCGAUGUGUCUAUGAAGAUUUUUGCCACCACAUGCAGAGUGAAGGGGGACCAUCGGCUUAUCCCGUACCCAGAAACAGCACCUCUUACUGAGCCAUAGCGACCUGCUUGACAAGGGUGUUUCCUUGCACCCUCAGCCCAAACACACCCAUUGGUCAGUCUGAAGAAGCAACUUCAACCACUGUUCCAAUCAGAAUACUUGAUCAAAUAUUUUUUUCUAUUUGUUUCAGUGCUUUUGUGAGCACCCAGAUUGCUUUACAUUGUUUGGGUGUGGAACUCUCACCUCGUCCACCACCAGUGUAGCAUCACCAACCUAAAUAUAGGAACCGGCUACAGUAUUUAGCUGUCACAGGAAAUUUAGAUUUUUCUAUUUUGAGGACUGUCUAGAGGGAGUCUACAAAUCCAUGUUAUGGAAGCUUUGUGGACUGAAUGAACUGGGACUUUUGAGCACCAGAGAAUUGUCAGCAGGAGACUGAAAACACAGAGCACACAGUAUUAAAAAGACAAAGAACACACAUCCCAAAAAGAGGCACCAAGAAGUGUUUUUUUCUGUUUUGUUUUGGAAACAGACUCUUGUUUCUUUUGAAUGAAAAAGAAGAUAUUUCUACCAUACAGUAAUAAAAACCACCAGUUCAACCUUAUGCUUCACGGUUAAAGAUAAGGGAAACUUGAAAGCGGUUUAAAAUGCAUACCACAAAGUAAAAAGUUGAUUUAGUUUUUUAGAAAAAAAUAUAGAUAUGUGACAUGUAGAUAUGUAUUGGGUUGUUUUUUUUACUUUAUGGCACGUUUUUGUUUUGUUUUUACAGAUUUCUGAAUUUGUCCCCACUGACCAUACGAAAGCAAAGUUGUAUUUCUUUAUCUGUGUAAUCCAAUGAGCUGUAGCUUUUUUUAAGUGAUACAGUACUGUUUUAAAGUAUACAAUCAAAACUAGUGUGGAAAAUGUUCACAAUUCUAUGGAAACACCACCAUUGAGUGUCACUCUCCUGUAUUCUCUACCCACUCUGUUUUUGACAACACACGCGUUUCGCAUGCACACGGGACUCUCAACCUCAUUUCUAUCUGGCCUGUGGUGUCAGAGAAGAAUUCCCAGGGGCCGACAGAGGUGCAACAUUAACCCUGCUGAUGCCAGGACGUCCCGAGAAUAAACUCGCCAAGUUGUUCUGUGUGCACGUUCAGAGGAAGCCAGAUAGAACUACAGAGAGUAUGCACAGAAAGAAUAGUAUUAAAAAAUAUUUAUGUGUCCAAAUAAGCUUCACAAAGAUUUCUCAAGCAGGGAGCACGAAGGGAGUGUAGAA